AUGUUAGAACAACUGUAUCGAAGUAAUUCAAUUCAUUUCUGGGAGGAUGUUUGGAUAGGUGAAAGAUCUCUUAAGAGUGUUUUUAUUAAUUUAUUCAAAAUUUCAAGAACAAAAGAAGAUUUGGUUAAAGAUAUGAUAACUGCUGAUGGGGCUUGGGAUUUUCAUUUCAGAAGAGAUUUGAAUGCUCGGGAAAUUUUGGAAGUGGCAAACCUUCUGCAACUUAUCGGUGAACCUCCAGUGAAUGUAAAUGAUGAUGUUAGGAGUUGGAGAUAUGGUGAUACUUUCACUAUAGCAAAUGCUUAUUCAACUUUAGAAGAUGGAGGUUUGUUGAGGUUUCCAAACAAGCAAUUAUGGAAUUCUAAAGUUCCAUUAAAAAUGUCUUUCUUUGCGUGGACUUUAUGUUAUAAGAGGGAACCUACAUUGGAUUCUCUUUUUAGAGCUGGUUUGGUUCAGGAUGAAAAUUGUCUCAUGUGUCAUCAGUUUGCAGAAACAAAUGAUCAUCUGUUUUUCCACUGCAAAACAGCUCAUGCCAUUUGGUCUUAUUUCUUUACAAGCUUUGGAGUUUACUGGGUUUUGGCAAGCGAUGUGAAGAUGAAUUUAUGA